GACCGUGUGGACGCGCAGGAACGAGAAAAGGGAGUCCCGGGGAUCUUGGGUCAGGCUCCCGGGGCACACGAACCGCAGAGGCGCCAUGGGCCGGAUCACAGAAGACCUCAUCAGACGGAACGCCGAGCACAACGACUGCGUGAUCUUCUCCUUGGAGGAGCUCUCCCUGCACCAGCAGGAGAUAGAAAGGCUGGAGCACCUGGACAGGUGGUGCCGGGACUUGAAAAUCCUCUACCUGCAGAACAAUCUCAUCGGGAAGAUCGAAAAUGUUAGCAAGCUGAAGAAACUUGAAUAUUUGAAUUUAGCUUUAAACAACAUUGAAAAAAUUGAAAAUCUGGAAGGCUGCGAGGGGCUGGUAAAACUUGACCUGACCGUGAACUUCAUUGGCGAGCUGAGCAGCGUGAAAAGCUUGCAGCACAACAUCCACCUGCGGGAGCUCUUCCUCAUGGGGAACCCGUGUGCCGACUUCGAGGGCUACCGGCAGUUCGUGGUGGCAGCUCUGCGCCAAUUGAAGUGGUUGGAUGGUAAAGAAAUAGAACGUUCUGAAAGGAUUCAGGCGUUACAGAACUUUCCAGAAAUUGAACAGCAAAUCAGAGAGCAGGAGAGAGCGUACUGCCUCAAGCGAGCCAACGACAAGAAAGAGGCUCAGAGGAAGCUUCAAGAGGAGCGUGAACACGAGGAGGGAAGUCGUCCAGACUUUGACAGCCCCACUUCUGCAGAGAGCAAAGGUCACCUCCCGGCACCAGAAGCGCAAGGUGGGGACCCAAACAAGAAGAAGUUAGAUGACAGUGAAGAUGACCUGGAAUUCUGGAAUAAACCCUCUCCGUUCACUCCCGAGUCUAGACUGGAAACUCUCAGGCAUAUGGAGAAACAACGAAAAGACCAAGAAAAGUUAAGCGAAAAGAAGAAAGUGAAAGCACCCAGGACUUUGAUCACGGAAGACGGGAGAGCCCUGAACGUCAACGAGCCCAAACUUGAUUUCUCCUUGAAAGAUGAUGAAAAACGUAACCAGAUCAUCCUGGACUUGGCUGUAUACAGGUAUAUGGACACCUCUUUAAUCAAGGUCGAUGUGCAGCCGACUUACGUGCGGGUAAUGGUCAAAGGGAAGCCCUUCCAGCUGGUCCUCCCGGCAGAAGUCCAGCCCGAUAGCAGCUCUGCUAAAAGGUCUCAGACCACAGGGCACCUGGUGGUCUGCAUGCCCAAGGUCGGAGACGUCAUCGCUGGUGGCCAGCGAGCGUCCAGGUCCGUGAAGAGUACCUCGGGCAGGGGCCGAGAGCACACGCAGGACAGAAGCAAGCAAACUGAGAAACUAGAAGUGGACCCCAGCAAGCACUCCUUCCCCGAUGUGGCUAACAUAGUUCAAGGGGAAAAACACAGGCCCAGAAGAGUCCGACCCGAACCUGAAGUAUUACCAAGUGAGGAAGACCCAGACUUUGAAGAUAACCCUGAAGUGCCUCCGUUGAUUUGACACAUCAGGCCACACUGACCAUGACCCUGGGCCCAUUCUGCUCAGUACAGAGAGUGUACACACAUCAUUUAUGGGGUAAACACAGAGUCAUUUAUCAAUGUUGAUACCCCAGUGUUUUA